AUGCAUCGGCUUCCGGGGUCGGCGCUCUUGCACAGCGACCAGUUCCCGGCUCUCCGCUUCGCGAAGCUUGGUCGCCAGAUUUUUAUUCUCUGCUUCCAGAUGGCAGAUUUUCCGAUUGUCGCCCUCGAUUCGCAGCGUAUAUUUGUCCACAGUACGUUGCAGCGCGAGCCGUUCUUGUUCCACGAUGUUUUUCUCCAGUUCAACACCAACGAGCUUUCUUCUUGUGGCGCUCCAGUCGACUUUGAGCAACUUGACCUCGCGUCGUAG